AUGAAACAAUUGAGACUGUCAUCAAUAUCUCUCACCUGCAUUUUCCUCUGCCUCUUCUUUGUGUAUGGAAAUAUCGUCGAUUCUAUCUAUCUGUCGAUUUUAUCUAUCUAUCUAUCUAUCUAUCUAUCUAUCUAUCCCUCUAUCUAUCGCACACUCAUAUUUCUUUUCUUUUUUUUCAUUGGCAUUCAUCUAUCUCAGCUGAUUGAGAUAAGUUAUCUAUCUAUAUCUCAUUUGCUCUCUCUCUCUCUCUCUAUAUCUAUAUAUAUAUAUAUAUAUAUAUAUAUAUAUAUAUAUAUAUAUAUCCAUCCUAUCUCUUUCUAUCUCAUUAUUUAUUCCUUCUCUCUUUUCCCUAUAUCUAAGACCUUUCUUUCUUUCUUUUUCUUUCUUUCUUUCUUUCUUUCUUUCUUUCUUUCUUUUUCUAUCCCAGGCUGUUCUAUUCAUCCGUAUUCUCCACCACUUACUCUCCUUUUUCUUUCAAUUCUUUUAUAUCUGACUUCCUCCUCCUCCUCCUCCUCCCCCUCUCUCUUCCUUACACCUAUAGUCUCUCUUAUCUUCCUUUCGUUCUUUAUCUAUCUAUCUAUCUAUCUAUCCCCGCCUCCUAUCUAUCCCACUAUGUUCAUUAUCUAUUUAUAUGUCUUCUCCACAACCCCCCCUCUCUUGAUCUAUCUAUGCAUUUUCUCUUUUAUCUGUAACCCUUCUUUACCACGCCUCUUAAUAUUCUCUCCCCCCUCUCUCUCUCUCUCUCUCAGCAAAAGAUAA